AUGGCGGUCGACGCCAGCUACGACGGCGUGCGGAUCGAGAACGAGAUGACCCAGGAGUUUAUCGACGAUAUGAUUGAGCGAUUCAAGAACGGCAAGAAGAUCCACCGCAAGUAUGUGUUCCAGAUCAUCAAGGCCGUCAAGGAUCUGGUAUACGCGGAGCCCACCAUGGUCGAGAUUGGCGUCGAGCAGGAUCAUCGCCUGACGGUGUGCGGUGACACGCAUGGACAAUUCUUCGAUUUGCUCGAGAUCUUCCGCCUCAACGGAUACCCCACCGAUACGCACGCCUACCUAUUUAACGGUGAUUUCGUGGACCGCGGCUCGUGGUCUACGGAGAUCGCCCUUCUCCUCUACGCCUACAAGUGGCUGCGCCCCAACGGUAUCUUCCUCAACCGCGGCAACCACGAGACGGACGACAUGAACAAGGUGUAUGGAUUUGAAGGCGAGUGUCGGGCCAAGUACAACGAAACGGUCUUCAAGGUCUUCUCGGAAUCCUUCUCCGCCCUGCCCCUGGCCACUUUGAUCGGCGACAAGUAUCUCGUCCUCCACGGCGGUCUCUUCUCCGACGACAAGAUCACCCUGGACGACAUCCGGAAGCUGAACCGUCACAACCAGCGGCAGCCGGGCCAGCAGGGGUUGAUGAUGGAGAUGCUCUGGACCGACCCGCAGACGGAACCCGGUCGCGGACCCAGCAAGCGCGGCGUUGGCCUGCAGUUUGGCCCCGACAUCACCAAGCGGUUCUGUGAGAACAACGGGCUGGAGGCCAUCAUCCGCUCGCACGAGGUUCGCAUGGAGGGGUACGAGGUGGAGCACGACGGGCGGUGUAUCACGGUGUUCUCGGCGCCCAAGUAUUGCGACUCGACGGAGAACAAGGGCGCGUUCAUCAAGAUCGGACCGGAGCUCAAGCUGGAGUACCAGGUCUUCGACGCCGUGCCGCACCCGGACAUCAAGCCGAUGAGCUCCAGCAGCGGGGAUAUCCCGCCUGGUAUGAUGCGCCAUGGCUCUUCGCCGAAUGUUACCUGUGUGCGUUGA